AUGUCAAUCGGCCCUGGCCGCCAGACAAUCGCGCCCGCUGGCCCCUCCGCCGCCGACACGCUGCCCAGCAUCGACUUUGGCUUCGACGAUUUGCGCGAGCGCAUGGCGAAAUUUACGGCCAAAUUCGAUGCAUUCAUUGAACAAGGCCGCAAGCGUGUCUUGGAAGAGCGCAAUCAGUUCCGCGUCAACAUGGCCGAGCUUCAAGAGGACGAGCGAAUGAAGAGAAAGGACAUUGAAAUCGCGCAAGUCAAGAUGUCCACCUACCAACAGACAAUCGAGAAAGAAGAGGCCGAGAAGCGCGAAAUGGAAAUGGCCAUCUCAUCACUAGCAGCCCAGCGCGACAGCCACAUCGCCACCAGAGACCACCUCAAGGCCCAAAUCGCCGAGACACAAGCCGAGAUCGAAACCCGCAUCGCCGCCCAGCGCGCGUAUAACAAGCAAAAGGAGGCACAGUCGCGGUACAACGUCCCCGAGCUGGACUUUUGGAUCUCCACGCUGUGCAUGCGGAUCGAGGGCGCAGGAAAGGACGACAGGCUCAAGUUUGUGUAUACGCACAUUGACGAGAAGAAUUGGGAGCGCGAGGCGUGGUUUGAGCUGGUGACGAGCUCGAGGGACUACGACGUGAAGCACUGCCGGCCGAAGCUGGAGCGGGAGAGCGUCGAGAGGGUGCUGGACAGGGUGAAUGAGACGAGGGAGCUGGUGGUGCUGCUGAAGGGGAUGCGGGAGCUGUUUGUGGAGGCGAUCAAGUCUUGA